GGCCGCGGGAGCUGCAGCCACCAGCUAGCGGCACGCGCCGGCCGGUCCCCGGGAGCAUCGUCGUCCGCGCCGCCGCCCCGCGACCCCCGCCCCGCGGAGCCGCGCGCGCCCCUGCACGCCGGCCUCCUUUGCUUUAUACGGAUUUUUUUUGGGCAUGCAUUCGUUUUCUGUUCCGUUUUGUCCUUUUUAAGGCGACGGUGUAGGCUCGGGGCGGGGAGGGGGCGGCCGGAGGAUGCGGCGCGGGGCUGCGCCCCCCGCGCCCCCCGCUGUUGUCCCGCUGGGGCCUGAGCGUCCAGCAGGAUCCCGAGUGAUGGUGGUUCCCGCGGAGGAGCGACCGGUUAGCGCCGCGGAGCUGGUCCCCGCACCUGCCGGCAGGUGGGCGUGAGCCGCGGGAUCUCGGCGUCUCCACCCGCGGGGAAGCAUGUCCAAGAAAGGCCGCGCCAAGGGCGAGAAGCCCGACGCGGAGACGGACGCGGUGCAGAUGGCGAACGAGGAGCUGCGGGCGAAGCUCACCAGCAUCCAGAUCGAGUUCCAGCAGGAGAAGAGCAAGGUGGGCAAGCUGCGCGAGCGGCUGCAGGAGGCCAAGCUGGAGCGCGAGCAGGAGCAGCGGCGCCACACGGCCUACAUCUCGGAGCUCAAAGCCAAGCUGCACGAGGAGAAGACCAAGGAGCUGCAGGCGCUGCGCGAGGUGCUCAUCCGGCAGCACGAGCAGGAGGCAGCGCGCACGGCCAAGAUCAAGGAGGGCGAGCUGCAGCGGCUGCAGGCCACGCUGAACGUGCUGCGCGACGGCGCGGCCGACAAGGUCAAGUCGGCGCUGCUGGCGGACGCGCGCGAUGAGGCGCGCCGGACCUUCGACGGCGAGCGCCUGCGGCUGCAGCAGGAGAUCCUGGAGCUCAAGGCGUCACGCAAGCAGGCGGAGGAGGCGCUCAGCAACUGCAUGCAGGCCGACAAGACCAAGGCGGCCGACCUGCGCGCCGCCUACCAGGCGCACCAGGACGAGGUGCACCGCAUCAAGCGCGAGUGCGAGCGGGACAUCCGCAGGCUGAUGGAUGAAAUCAAAGGGAAAGAUCGGGUGAUCCUAGCCUUGGAGAAAGAGCUUGGUGUGCAGACCGGUCAAACGCAGAAGCUGCUGCUUCAGAAGGAAGCUUUGGACGAGCAGUUGGUUCAAGUCAAAGAGGCUGAGCGGUACCACAGUAGCCCAAAGAAGGAGCUUCCGCCUGGCAUAGGAGACAUGUCAGAGCUGAUGGGCGUCCAGGAUCAACAUAUGGAUGAGCGAGAUGUGAGGCGAUUUCAACUAAAAAUUGCUGAGCUGAAUUCGGUGAUACGGAAGCUGGAAGACAGAAAUACCCUCUUGGCAGAUGAAAGGAACGAACUGCUGAAACGCUCUCGGGAGACGGAGGUGCAGCUGAAGCCCCUGGUGGAGAAGAACAAGCGAAUGAACAAGAAGAAUGAGGAUUUGCUGCAGAGCAUCCAGAGGAUGGAGGAGAAAAUCAAGAACCUCACGAGGGAAAACGUAGACAUGAAGGAGAAGCUGUCCGCGCAGGCGUCCCUGAAGAGGCACACGUCCUUGAACGACCUCAGCCUGACGAGGGACGAGCAGGAGAUCGAGUUCCUGCGGCUGCAGGUCCUGGAGCAGCAGCACGUCAUCGACGACCUCGCGCUGGAGAGGGAACGGCUGUUGCGCUCCAAAAGACUUCGUGGGAAAAGCGUGAAGCCGCCCAAGAAGCAUGUUGUGGAGACAUUUUUUGGAUUUGACGAGGAGUCCGUGGACUCGGAAACACUGUCAGAAACGUCCUACAACACAGACAGGACAGACAGGACCCCAGCUACCCCCGAGGAGGACUUGGACGAUCUCACGACCCGAGAAGAGGCCGACCUGCGCUUCUGCCAGCUGACCCGGGAGUACCAGGCCCUGCAGCGCGCCUACGCCCUGCUGCAGAAGCAGGCGGGGGGCACCCUGGACGCCGAGAGGGAGGCGCGGACACGUGAACAGCUCCAAGCCGAUCUGCUGCGGUGUCAGGCCAAAAUCGAGGACCUGGAGAAGGCCCUGGUGGAGAAGGGCCAGGAUUCCAAAUGGGUCGAAGAAAAGCAGCAGCUCAUUAGAACAAACCACGACUUGCUGGAAAAGAUUUAUAGACUGGAAAUGGAAGAGAACCAGCUGAAGAACGAAAUGCAAGAUGCAAAGGACCAGAACGAGCUGUUAGAAUUCAGAGUGCUAGAACUCGAAGAGAGAGAGCGGAGGUCGCCAGCAUUUAACCUCCAAAUCACCAGCUUCCCCGAGAACGACAGCAGUGCGCUGCAGCUGUUCUGUCACCAGGAAGGAGUUAAGGAUGUGAAUGUAUCUGAACUUAUGAAGAAAUUAGAUAUCCUUGGCGAUAACGGGAAUUUGAGGAAUGAAGAACAGGUUGCAAUAAUCCAAGCCGGAACUGUGCUUGCCCUGUGUGAAAAGUGGCUGAAGCAAAUAGAGGGAACCGAGGCAGCUCUGACCCAGAAGAUGAUCGACCUAGAGAAGGAAAAGGACCUGUUCAGCAGGCAGAAGGGCUACCUGGAGGAGGAGCUGGACUACAGGAAGCAAGCCCUCGACCAGGCUUACCUGGUAGGACCGGAAAAAAUCCAGGACCUGGAGGCCACGCUGUACAACGCGCUGCAGCAGGAGCCGGGGCGGCGGGCCGGCGAGGCGCUGAGCGAGGGCCAGCGGGAGGACCUGCAGGCCGCCGUGGAGAAGGUGCGCCGGCAGAUCCUCAGGCAGAGCCGCGAGUUCGACAGCCAGAUCCUGCGCGAGCGCAUGGAGCUGCUGCAGCAGGCCCAGCAGAGAGUCCGAGAACUGGAGGAUAAGCUUGAGGUUCAGAAGAGACAUCUGAAGGAACUGGAGGAGAAGUUUUUGUUCCUGUUUUUGUUUUUCUCACUAGCAUUCAUUCUGUGGCCUUGAUGACGUCGGGGAGCCAAGAACUCGGGAGAGAAAAAGAGCUAAUGGAAUAAACUGAGUCCCUAUGGCAACUCCAAACCCUUCAAAUCAAAAUUCAACAGCAAAGCAAGCUAUUCAAAGUCCAGAGACUGAAAACAGAUGCACGUGUAUUUGACAGGAGCUUCAAGGCGCAGCUUUUUUGGAUCUGUGGCUGGUCCUGGCCAGCCCAGGCUGUAGGGACUCUGCCGUGACAUGAGGUUUUGUUGAGAUUGGGGCCACAUGUGUCCCAACCAUGGCUCCUCCGAGAGCCCGAGAGCAGAGACCUCAAUACAAGGAAACUAAGUGCAAUUACCAGACAACGGGUGAUGGGGGAGCCCCCUCACUCUUUGGGGACUGGCCCGAGUCCUUCGUCCUGCCCUGCAUGCUUCCCCUGUGUACAUAUGUCCUCGUGAGCCUGUGCCAGGGCUACUAGCAAGUGUUCCUGUGAUCUGAAACCAAAUUCAAACCAAGUCAGCAAACCCCUCUGAUUCUGCCUGCCACGGGGUCCAGCAGCUGGAGACCAAGAGAGCAGGGCUCAGAGCAGGGGGCUGGAGAGCGGUGGACACCUGAGUCCUCAGACCUCCGGGGGGAAGCCACGGCUCCAUCACUCUCGUGGAUGUGAUGGGGCAAAAGUCCCAGAAACCAACUGCCCUGAGGCCAUGUGAACUGAAGACCGAGAGGGCGUGUGCGGCCACCCCGUUGGGGCCUGGGCUGCAUCGCUUCUUGAUUUGAUUUGCAAAGGGGCGCCGAGGAAGACUUGCUGGGGAGGCAGCAGAAUCCCUGGACACCCUCCAGGGAUCAGGCCCCUUCUGCCGUUGGGGGCUCAGGUCCGCUCCCUCACACUUGCUGAGUGGCGGGGGCCCUCCUGCUCUCGGACAGCGGCCCCAGAGUGAGCCCGGAGGGCAGGAGGUCCCCUGGAGCAUGGGAGGGGGCAGACAGGGA